AUGGCUCACAAUCAAUCCACGGCACCUCACGUCGUCAACUCCGAUCCAUACGCGAAUCCACUGUUUCUUCAUGCUGCUGACAAUUUUGGCGUGUAUUUGGUAGCAGAUAAACUCACCUGUAAAUCAAACUAUCACACAUGGCGUCGUUCGAUGAUCAAAUCUCUGAACGCGAAGAACAAGCUUGGAUUCGUCUACGGUACUCUCGCAAAGCCAUCCGAAACACAUCCAGAUUUUGGAUCAUGGACUCGAUGCAACGACAUGGUAUGUACCUGGAUUACAAACUCAGUCUCGAAGGAUAUAGGAUCUGGAACGGUUUAUUUCGAUGAUGCUCAUCUCAUGUGGUUGAACUUAGAAGGAAGGUUUAGGCAGAGUAACUUGUCUAAGAUCUAUGCUGUUCAAGAUCAACUCGAUCAUCUCUAUCAAGGAUCGCUAGAUCUUAGUGCAUACUAUACUCGCCUCACCACUCUUUGGGAAGAACUGAAACACUUUGAAGAGUUACCAUCUUGUACUUGUGGUAAUUGCACUUGUGGAUCCAAUACUCGCUGGCUUCAGCUCUAUGAGAAGAGAAACAUUGUCAGAUUCCUGAUGCGCCUCGAUGAUUCUUUCUCACAAGCUAGAAGACAGAUUAUCAUGAUGGAUCCACUCCCGGAAUUCACCAAGAUUUACAACUUCAUAUCUCAAGAUGAACAACAGCGUGGUCUCUCAUCUACACCGGAGGCACCUGUGUUUCAAGCAAGUAUAUCCUCCUGGAUACAAGUCGACACGUCUGCUUACAACACAGAGAAGUCUAAAGGCCGAUUCCCACAGAAAAAUGGUCCACAGAAUGGCAUUCACAUGGUUUAUGAUCACCCUACAGAAGAGACUCAACAGCUCAUUCCUCAAACUCAGCUGAUAUCCUACAAUGGACAAUCUUAUGCUCCUGUUAGUCUCACUUCCACAGGGACUAUUGAAGCUCCGACUUCAAAUGUGAAUCAUUCUGUGAACAUGGUGAAUUCUGGAAAGAGCUUGAUGAUUAGAAAUAGCUCGCAGAGUGCAGAACAGAUAACUCAGUUGAUUGCUCAGUUGAACAGACAGCUCGAUGGUUCCGCGUAUCAAGUCAUACGUCCACCUCCUGCCUCAGGUCACGUUGGUUCUAUCUCAGCACAAGGUACAUCUCUCGUACCUUCUCACACUAUUUCUGUUUUGGAACCAAGCCUUACUUUACCUCAAACGGUUUGGAUUCUUGAUACUGGAGCUAGUUGUCAUAUCUGCUAUGACCUGAAUAUGUUCUCUACUAUCAGUAAUACUGAGCAUACCACUAUCACUCUUCCCAAUAAAACCACCAUCCCUGAUCAUUUCUCUGGAACCGUUCAUCUUAGUAACAGACUUAUCCUUCAUAACGUUUUCUAUGUGCCAUCGUUUCAUUUCAAUCUUAUUAGUGAUCAUACUCAGGAAUGGAUGAUUGAUCAGGGUGAUCAAACCAAUGAUCUUUAUCUCCUAAACCAAAAUGAUUCCCCUCAGCGACAUGUUUCAUGCAUGGUUGCUUCUCCUGAGCUUUGGCAUCAACGCCUGGGUCACCCUUCCUUAUCAAGGGUUCAAUCAUUGGAUAAUGAUGUUAUUAAUGAACAAGUUCCAGAGAACAUACCUUCAUCAUCCCAUUCUCCAUUACCAUCACCAUCAAAUACUUCUCAUCCCACACCACCAAAUACUCAGGUUGAUACAGAGAACAUGCGCAGGCCCUACAGACAGACUCGUGUUCCAAGUUAUCUUCAACAGUACCAUUGCUCUAACAUCACAAAAGAGCCUUCAGUCUCUCUUCUUGGUACUGCUCAUCCUUUGUCUGCUUAUUUGUCUUACGAUAAACUCUCUCUUGAGUAUCGUCUCUUCUGUUUUUCGAUACUUGCUGAGAAAGAACCACAAGCAUUCAAAGAGGCAGUGAAGGUGCAACAUUGGCUUGAUGCGAUGAACCUCGAAUUGGAUGCUCUAGUGAGUACAAAAACUUGGGUUAUUUAUUCUCUCCCUGAAGAUAAACAUGCUAUUGGUUGUAAAUGGGUGUUUAAAUUGAAGUAUAAGUCUGAUGGUUCUUUCGAGCGUCACAAGGCACGUUUGGUAGCAAAAGGGUACACUCAACAAGAAGGAGUGGAUUUAAUUGAUACUUUCAGCCCUGUUGCAAACCUCAAGACAGUUCGUGUUCUUUUGGCCUUGAUUGCGAUUCACGGCUGGAGUGGGGAGUCUUUACCAGAGAAGCCUGUCUGCAGACUUGUCAAGUCUCUAUACGGCCUCAAGCAAGCAUCUCGCCAAUGGUUUCACAUAUUCUCUGGAGUUCUCCUUGCCUAUGGUUUUACUCAGUCAUAUGCGGAUCCAACAUUGUUCGUUAAGCAAACGGAAGAAAGUUUCCUUGCUCUAUUGGUUUAUGUGGAUGAUAUUCUAUUGGUCAGCAAUGUUGAUGAAGUUGUGGUUGAUCUGAAACGUCUUCUUGCCAAAGAGUUCAAGAUCAAAGACUUGGGUACAAUGCGUUACUUUCUGGGUUUGGAGAUAGCAAGAGCAAAGGCUGGUAUUUCAGUUUCACAACGAAAGUACACGCUCGAGCUAUUGGAAGAGUUUGGUUUUCUUGGAUGCAAACCCGCACCAACACCAAUGGAAAUCAAUAUCAAGCUUGGCCAGGACGACGGAGAAUUACUUUCUGAUCCUUCUCACUACAGGAAGCUGAUGGGCAAGCUUAUCUAUCUCACCGUGACUCGACCGGAUAUCAGUUUUGCAGUCAACAAGUUGAGCCAAUACAACUCUCCUCCGAGAGAGCCUCAUCUUGAAGCUGCACACCGUAUCCUCCGUUACUUGAAGAAUGAUGCAGGACAAGGUCUCUUCUACUCUGCUCAAUCCUCCCUCACCGUCCGCGCUUUUGCAGAUUCAGAUGGAGGCACUUGUCCCGAUACAAGACGCUCAGUAACUGGCUACUGCGUCUUCCUUGGUGAUUCUCUGGUUACUUGGAAAUCAAAGAAACAGGACGUGGUUAGUAGAAGCACAGCAGAGUCAGAAUACAGAGCUAUGGCGAAUGCUACAUGUGAGCUUCUUUGGCUCAACUCACUGCUAGAGGACUUGAAGAUAAAGCUUGAUGAUACGAUCGUCCUCUACUAUGACAAUGAAGCUGCACUGCACAUCGCAAAGAACUCUGUCUAUCAUGAGCGCACCAAACACAUCGAGCGUGACUGUCAUGUGGUUCGUGAACGUGUGGCUUCCGGCUUCAUGAAGACAUUGCACGUGAGUUCUCAACACCAGCUCGCAGAUCUCCUCACAAAGCCUCUCACAGCGCUUCAAUUCAACCAUCUUUUGUCCAAGAUGGGAAUUCAUCACCUUUAUUCUCCAUCUUGA